UCUCCUCCAACAAAUUUCAUUCAAAAGAGAAUCUCUCAGUCUCUUCUGCCGGUGACGACCUUCCACAAUAUGGAUAACAUUGUAUUAAACCUCACUAGUUUAUACACCUUGCUUCUUUUUCUUUUCCUAUCUUAUAAGCCUGCUCUUUCGUUUUCUUCUAGAAAUAGCCAAUAUUGGGGUGGUGACAGGAUUUUGAGCUCUGCUUAUGAUGAUGAUCUUGUCACUAACUUGCCUGGUCAACCCAAGGUGAAUUUCCAGCACUAUGCUGGAUAUGUCACAGUCAAUGAAACCAAUGGAAGAGCACUCUUUUACUGGUUCUAUGAGGCUAUGACCAACCCAGAAGAGAAACCGUUGGUGCUUUGGCUUAAUGGAGGUCCUGGGUGCUCUUCUGUGGGAUACGGAGCAACACAGGAGAUUGGUCCAUUUUUAGUGGACAGUGAUGGCCAUGGCCUCAAAUUUAAUAACUUCUCAUGGAACAGAGAAGCCAGCAUGUUAUUCCUGGAAUCUCCUGUUGGAGUUGGCUUUUCAUACUCAAAUACAAGCAGUGACUAUGACCAAUUGGGAGAUGAUUUAACAGCUAACGAUGCUUACUCUUUUCUUCACAACUGGUUCCAAAAGUUUCCAUCAUACAGAACGAGAGCGUUUUACAUAGCAGGGGAGAGCUAUGCAGGAAAGUAUGUACCGGAGCUGGCUGAACUCAUCCAUGAUAGGAACAAGGACCCCUCUCUCUAUAUUGAUCUCAAGGGCAUUCUGUUGGGUAACCCAGAAACAUCUGAUGCUGAGGACUGGGUGGGCCUGGUUGAUUAUGCUUGGAGCCAUGCUGUGAUAUCUGAUGAAACUCAUAAAAUAAUCAAAACAAGUUGUGACUUUAACAGCACUGAUCCAUGGCGUAACGAAGAUUGUAGUGAAGCUGUGGAUGAAGUACUCAAACAAUACAACGAAAUUGAUAUCUACAGUCUCUACACCUCUGUCUGCUUUGCCAGCACAGCACGUUCAGACGAUCAAUCCAUGCAAACUUCCAUGAAGCUUACAUCUAAAAUGAUGCCUAGGAUGUUGGGUGGCUAUGAUCCAUGCCUUGAUGACUAUGCUAAAGCUUUUUAUAAUAAACCAGAUGUUCAGAAGGCUCUUCAUGCCAGUGAUGGUCACAACCUAAAGAAUUGGACCAUUUGCAACAACAAGAUAUUCAAUGAAUGGGCAGAUUCAAAGCCAUCUGUUAUCCCAAUUUACAAGAAGCUUAUUUCAGCAGGACUUAGGAUUUGGGUUUACAGUGGAGACACAGAUGGUAGAGUACCAGUGUUGUCCACAAGAUACAGCUUAAGCUCUCUUUCCUUGUCUGUCACUAAAUCAUGGAGGCCUUGGUACCAUGAAAAUGAGGUUAGUGGAUGGUUUGAAGAAUACGAGGGUCUUACAUUUGCAACGUUUCGAGGAGCUGGGCAUGCAGUUCCCUGUUUUAAACCAAGCAAUUCACUUGCGUUCUUCACUUCCUUUCUCAAUGGAGAAUCACCUCCUUCCACAAAAUAAAGAAAUCUGUAUAAUAAUCAUAUUGGGUGCUCUUUGUGUGUGACCCCAUAUGAAGAUUUUGCUCUUACAUUAGCAAUAGCUAAUACCUAUCAUAUUAUUAAAAUGCCAAGUAACCAUAUGCAAAUGUAAUGAAUAAAAGAGUUUUGCUCCCUUUUUCGCCGUUGGGCCAUAAUCCAUUAAACAGAAUCCAAGGAAAUAUAUUCACAUUGAUAUCUUUUUCUGUU